UGUCCCCGCAGUGACGCCGCCCUGUCCGAGAGCGAGGCGGAGCCGGACGGGCCCCAGAACGUUCUGGAACUGCCCCAGAACUGCGCGGGGAGGGGGAACGCGGUGACACAGCAGAGCGCCAUCAGGGUGACAGAGAUCGGGCCCCGUCUGACGCUGCAGCUGCUGAAGGUGGAGGAGGGGCUGGGCCAGGGCAACGUCCUGUACCACGGGCUGGCCCCCAAGGGGGAGCAGGAGCUCCGCGAGCUCCAGGCCCGGCGCGAGCGGCGCCUCCAGGUGAGGGCGGAGCGGCGGCGGCUGCAGGAGCAGAACCUGGAGAGGAAACGGAAACAGCGCGAACGGCACAGGGAGCGCAGCCUGGCCGGGAUGGGCCGGGCCCCAGGUGUCCCCCCAGGUGUCCCCCCAGGUGUCCCCCCAGGUGUCCCCAGCACAGGUGACACCAGAGGUGGCCCUGGGGGUGACAGCGACGUCGAGGACCCCGGCGCACCUGGGCCAGGUGAGGCCGAGGCGUCGGACGAGGACGAGGCCGAAUAUUACAGAGAGGAGCUGGGGGAGGAGCCGGACGCAGAUUUGUUCCCUGGCAGCUCCAAGAGGAGGCGAAGCCGCUCGGCCGAGCCCCGAGCCCCGAAACGACGGAAGAGGAGCCCAAAAUCCACACCUGGAACCCCAAAAUCCACACCUGGAACCCCAAAACCCCACUCAGGAACACCAAAAUUCCACUCAGGAACCCCAAAAUCCACACCUGGAUCCCGAAAAUCCACACCAGGAACCCCAAAAUCCCAUCCUGGAAAUCCCAAAUUUCGUCGUGGCACCCCAAAAUCCCAACCUGGAACCUCCAAAUCCCACCCAGGACACCCCAAAAAUCCAAAUCCCGCCGUGGGAAACUCCUGAGCCCCCAAAAAACCCCAAAUUUCCCUCGGCCGGGACGGGCGCGGAAAAGGAAAAAUUGAAGGGGGGGAAUAUUUGGGAAUUUUGGGGUCUCCGGGACGGAUUUUGGGGCCCGAGGGAAUUUUGGGAUCUUCCAGGAAAAAUUUGGGGCCCUCAAGGGGAAUUUUGGGGUCCCCCAGAGUUCCCCCCACCCGUGGUCCCCCCAAAUCCAGGGGAAAUCACCCCAAAAAAUGGGGGGGAAAACAACAAAAGAAGGAAAACCCCAAAAAAUGUGGGGGGGAAAAAAAAUCCCAGAAAAAUGGGAGAAAACCUCAAAAAUGGGUGGAAAAAUGCAGAAAUAAAGUUGGAUCCACCCCAAGAA